AUGCUGUGGUAUCUGCUUUAUCCAAUUAGAGGGACAAGUGAUCCCCCUCGCCUGAGAUCAGAUCAUCCUAUCCGGAGAGCCUUCUAUCGACAUGGACUUAUCACAGCUCGAUACUGGCUUCUUUGUAUGCUUGUAUCGGUGUCAGUCGGUGUAUCCCUGAUAUAUCCUACAGUCUUCCAAUCAGACUUUCCUGCUGCUGGCCUCAGCGGAUUGCCUCAUCAUGUUUGGGCCUCGACUAGAGCAUUUUCAGGGGAUGCUGACAAGCCCCACGACCUUGAGAUGCGCCAAAUAUGGAUACAUGGAAGUUACAUGAAAGCACUUGAAAAAGAUCUACUUCGCGAUGUCUUUGUGCUACAAAAUGCCAUCCUUGGUGAAACCUCCGAGGCUCAUGUUGCUGCUGCACAUGGAAGCACACAUCCAAACUGGGGCUAUCAUUCACCACUGACGUACUGGAACGACUCUCUUGCUCGAUUGGAAGCGGAUCCGGAUAUCCUGCAUACAGUCAACGAGGACACAUGCCAACCUUCUUUCCUAAACUUUACCCUUCGCCCAUUGUCUGUGUUCGCGGGCAAGGCCUUCUCUGGCUCACAGCUUGAGGCAGCGGAUGCAUUGGUCAUCUCUUUGUUCAACCGCAAUAACGAUCCGAAAGGCGAGAUCUGGCAGAGAAACAUCAAUAUCGUCGCUAGCCAGUCUUCUGGGUUACCUAUACAAUAUGAACGGAAUGGCACCCCCGAGCAUAGUCAGCUGUUCGAGUACCGGAUUCAGCCACUCAGUUUCCGUCAAAAUUCUCUUCUGGCCAUCGCAUAUGGCAUCAUAUUCAUCUAUGUCGGCUUGAGCUUGAGAAGACUAAAAGCUUUUCACAGUCGAUUCGGCUUGGUCGUCACUGCUAUCACACAGAUGACAACCUCUAUUCUCGCAAGUUUUACUAUCUGUGGUCUGCUACAAAUCAAUCUCGCUCAAAUCCCUCAGGAGGCCUACCCUUUCGUUGUGUUGGUCAUAGGACUUGAGAACAUAUUCAGGUUGAUUAAUGCCGUUGUCGCAUAUCCGCCGGAGAUGAUGAACACGCAACGAAUCGCAAACGGAAUGGCUGACAUAGGCCAUUCUUCAUUGGCCUCGGCAGCGCAAAACUUACUCAUCCUAUGGCUGCUUUCUCUCGUUGUUUCUCCUGGUGUAGCAGCGUUCUGUGCUUUCGCUGCCGUGGCACUUCUUUUUGACUACUUCUUCCUUCUUACAUUCUUCCUCGCUGUCCUCAGUGUUGAUAUACGAAGACUGGAGCUACAGGACUCGAUCACUAGGAGCAGCGGCACUCCAAAGCAUAAGCCAAGACCAAAACAUUACCGUGCCCACAGUCAUCAUCAUGCUCAUCGCAAUGAGAAGCAUACGUGGAUUGAUGCACUGAUUCAUGGCAGGGUGCCUUUCUCUACGCGUAUGGCGGGAUCUGCAGUGACCAUCAGCUUUGUCAUGGCUCUUAACUGGCAUCUUACGGCCCACGGCCCACGCACUUCUGCGUCUGGUGUAUUCCCAGGACUUUUUGAGAAGCAAGCACUUCCAAUUACUACAUUUGAUGGCACAACACCCCCACCGGCCAAUCAGAGUCGGCACCCUGCGACCUGGCUUCGCACUCAAGACUACGAGAAUGCCGUACACUUCAUGAAAGUUGUCAGGCCUGGAGGUCAAGGGUUUGUCGCCAAGAUCUACGACCCCUUAAUCAUCACUCUCGGAGGUGCCGACAGAAGUGGAAUUCUUCUUCGCAAAGAGACGUGGCUAGACUCUAUUCGCGGAGUUGCUAUACAACACUUUUAUCCCACCGCCAUCUCGGUCGUCUUUGUCGUGGCAUUUGUCACGGUUCUCAUGAACUUCUUGCUGUGGGAUGAUAGAGCUGAAGACGCCGAGUACGAGAAUGGUGGAGACAAUCUCCCGCUCACAGUACAUGCAAUCGAAACGGGUCACAUGCUAGACAUCGUCAAAACUACUGGUAGUCGACAAGGUCAUAUGCUGUCUGUAGCGUUAGACCGUACGUUAUCGAUCCUACUCUUCAAGCCGGUCAGCAACUCGUACACGACGAUCCACCCCUCUCCAGAUCAGUGUAGGCAGAUCAAGUGGCCUGUACAUGCAUGCAGUAUCAGCGAUAAGGGGGACUGGAUGGCU